AGAAUAAAAAAAUUAACCCCCGAAAAAAAAAAAAAAAACCCCAAAAUUGAUAAAGUCCACCAUUUCCAGUUGAAUCCCCUUAAGAACCCUAGAAUUUCAAUUCAACAAUUUUAACUCCUCCAAUCAAUGCCUGCAUUGUUUGAGCCCCAUCCCGAUCUUCCACAAUUGCUCAAUUUCAGGUUUUGUAGUUUGGACUGAAAUGGUCUGUAGGAGCUAUAGCUCCAGCAAUGAGUUUUUCUUUCUGUUCCUGACUCGACAUCCGUCGCCAUGCAAUUAGAAUCAAAUGAUAGUCGUCGGGAUGAUAGUUCGGAGUGUGAACCCAUCUUGAGUCAGUCUGACAAUCCACAGAGACUAUCAGAAGCUUCGUCCUCGUGUGAAAUUACAGCUGUGCUUGGUGACAUUGCCGUUACUGAUGUAGAGUCGCAGAAUCUAGAUGUUAAUGAGAGUUCUAAGUUGGUGAAUUCAGAGCAACCGCAAUGCCGUAUUUGCCUUGAUAAUGAAGGAGAAGACUUAAUUGCUCCAUGCCAUUGCAGAGGUACCCAGAAGUAUGUUCAUAGAUCAUGUCUUGAUAACUGGAGGUCCACAAAGGAGGGCUUCGCUUUUGCUCAUUGUACAGAAUGCAGGGAAAUGUUCAUAUUACGAGCUAAUGUACCUCCAGAUCGCUGGUGGUUGAGAUUGAAAUUUCAGUUUCUUGUUGCUAGGGACCAUGCGUUCAUUUUCAUUAUCGUUCAACUGAUUGUGGCAUUCUUGGGAGUGAUGGUAUACAAAUUUUACGGAGAGGAACUACGGGAAAUGUUUGGUUACGAAGAACACCCUUAUGGGUUUUAUACCAUGGCUGUCCUAGCUAUUGUUUUGGUGGGUUUGCUUUAUGGUUUCUUCAUAGCCAUAAUAUGUGGACAGAGAAUCAAUGAACGUCACUACCAUGUUCUUGCCAAACAAGAAUUAACAAAGGAAUAUGUUGUAGAAGACCGAGAAGAUAAUAAAAAUGCCCCUGAGCUAGACCCCAACCAUGUGACAGAGCUGAGAAUGUUGGGCCUUUAUUAGUUGGAAGUCUUUCUCCUGCUAGAUUAUCAUGGUUUUCUUUGCUACGGUUUGCUAUAUCUUUAAAUGCAAGAGUUGGAAAGCUAUAUUUUCCUGUUGGCUUUCAUAGAUUGGUGGGAUACCACGUGUACAGACUCCUGUGACUUGUCGCGGCACAACACAUUAUCUGCAUCAAUUAUGGUAUUGUUAAAGCCAUACACAACAGCUUCCCUUGUGUUUUCUUCAUGAUCCUGCUUUUCUUUGGCCGUGUUACUUAAAACCUAUGGCAUUUAGUGUAUUAGUUCAGUAAUGAACAAUCUGCCUCUUCUGCUCACCACGUAAAUCUGUACAUGGUUCUCAUCUCCAAGCAAUAUCCUCCUUUACAAAACAGCUAUAGCGAUUGUGUGGUUGUCCUUCUAGAAACUUCUAUACCUGUACUAAUGAUUGUGAAUUCUUUCUUGUCAUCUGCCAUUAUAAUCAUGAAUAAGUAUUUUCAAUUGAAUUAUGCUCACUCGGCAGAGCAGAAUACCAUGUUCAUAUG